AUGUGGACGCGAUGCGGGGCGGUGGUGGACGGGCGAACGAUGGAAAAGGUGACGAUCGGACGCGGGCGGCGGCUCGACGAUGUCUUCAAGCGCGUCGUGCGCGGGUCGAGCGACGCGAUCGGACGGCCCAGACGGGACGGAGGGGGUGGUGACGCGUGUGCGCGACGCUACGCGCGCUCGAGCGCGGCGUCGUUGGCGGACGCGCGGUUUCCGGGUGGCGUCGCGGCGAGCGCCGGAGCGAGCGGGACGCGGCCGCGCGAGACGACGUUCGAGACCGGACGCUUAGCGCGAUUGACCGACGGCGCGGUGAUGGUGCACAGUGGAGAUACCGUGGCGUUGUGCGCCGCGACGGCGAGCAGGGAGAUCGAUAAGGGGAGUUUGGUCCGAGGGUUCGCGCCGCUUCUGGUGGACUAUCGCGAGCGGUCGUACGCGAAAGGAAAGAUCCCUAACACGUUCACGAGGCGCGAGGGGGCGCCGAAGGAGCGGGAGAUAUUGGCCAUGCGGGUGAUAGAUCGAGCGACACGGCCGCUUUUCGAUAAGAACAUCGGGAGAGAGGUGAUGCUUCAGUGCGUGGUCAUGGCGAGCGACGGCGGCGAGGAUCCGGCGGUGCUGGCGGUGAACGGAGCGAGCGCGGCUCUGAUGGCGUCGAGCAUUCCGUGGAACGGGCCCGUGGCGGCGGUGCGCGUCGCCAUCAUUCGUGACGGGAGCGGCGAGCGCGAGAUCGUGGUGUCGCCCUCGGACGAGGUGGUCGAGAGCUCGGACUUUACGCUCUUUUACGCCGGGAACGACUCGAGGACGCUCAUGAUCGAGGCGCAGAGCAACAAAUCGGGGGGGCUGGAAGAGUCCAUGCUCGCCGAUGCCCUGCGCGUGGCGCAUCGAGCUGUGCGCGAACUGUUGCCGGCGCAAAUCGAGCUCGCGAAAGAGAUGGGUAAGCCGAAGCAGGAGCUCGUGCCGGCGGCGGUGACGAGCGAGAUGAAGGAGGCGGUGUACGCCGCGAUGAAGACGCGACUGCUCGCGCUUUAUGAGGAGCACAUUCAGGACAAACACGAGCGUGGGCGUAAGAUGGCUGAAUUACAGAGCGAAGUCGUCGCCGAGCUCAUCGAGGCGAAUCCAGAAUGGGCCGAGAGCGUUGACGCGUUGGGCUCGGCUUACUUUCAAACGUGCAGUCGAGUGAUGCGCGAGCGUAUCUUUGACACGGAUACGCGCGUGGACGGUCGAGGACUAUACGACCUGCGCGCUCUGGAUGGUGUCGCUGGGUUGAUGCCGAUCGUUCACGGCAGCGCGCUGUUCGAGCGAGGGAACACGCAGGCGUUGGCGACGAUCACGCUGGGCUCGCUCGAUGACUCACAAAAGUUGGACAACCUGACGGGUCCGACUUCCAAGCGAUUAAUUUUGCACUACUCGUUCCCAUCGUUUUCAGUGAACGAAACCGGUGCAAGAGGUAUAUCUCGGCGAGAGGUUGGACACGGUGCGCUUGCCGAGAAGUCACUCCUAGGAGUCUUUCCAGAUGAAGAGUCUUUCCCGUUUGCCGUGCGUGUGAACACGGAGACGCUAGAGAGCAACGGUUCGUCUUCCAUGGCGGCCGUGUGCUCAGGAUCGAUGGCGCUCAUGGACGCAGGCGUACCGAUCAAAGAACACGUCGGCGCGAUAUCGAUCGGACUCAUCAUGGACGAGGACGAGACCACUCGGGAGGUGAAGCGAUACAAGUUGAUGGACGACAUCAUGGGUCUGGAGGACGUCUUGGGUGACAUGGAUUUCAAGAUCGCGGGCACGCGCACGGGCGUCACGGGCAUUCAGCUCGAUUGUAAGCCGAUGGGCAUUCCGCUGGAAAUUCUCAUCGAGGCUCUCGAUCGCGCCUCGGCGGCGCGGCAAAAGGUCAUCGAUGUCAUGGAACGCGCAGUUAAAACGCCGAAGACGGAUGUGAAAGACUCCGCUCCGCGUUUCGGUAGAGCUUCGAUUCCGGGCUCACUUAUCGGCAAACUCAUCGGACCACAAGGUUCCAACAUAAAGGCUCUGGAGAAAGAUACCGGCUCGAAGGUGGCCGUGUUGAACGACGACGGCGAUCUCGCCAUCUUCGGCCCAAACAAGGCCUCGUAUGACGCCGCCCUGGCGCACAUCGAAUCGAUGAAGAACUCGAUCAUCGAGGUCGGCAAAACGUAUGUGACUACCGUGAAGGAUGUGAUGCCCUUUGGUGCCGUGCUCAUCACGUCGAACGGAGACGAUGGGUUGCUUCACGUCAGUGAAAUUGCGCACGAGCGAACGGAGAAUGUGGCGGAUGUGUUCUCUGUCGGCGACGUGGUGGAGGUGAAAUGCGUCGCGCGCGAAGGACCGAGCGGUAAAAUUAAGUGGAGUCGCAAGGCGUUACUGUCGCUCCCACGACCGCCUGGACGAGAGAAGCCGCGCUUCACAGUGAAUAAGAGGCAAACGAGCAGUGAAUAG